GCCGGGCCGGGAUGGAAACGCCGCCGUCGCCGGGACCGGCCCCAGGGCCGCUCUGAGCCGAGACCGGCGGCGCCACCGGGAGCCCCGGGCGUGAGUGACACCGCACAGGUUCGGGGCUGGGGACAUCCAAAGCCAGCAGCGAUGUCGGAGAGCGUGGCCGAGGCGCCGGGAGCCGGGAGCCCGGCGGCGCUGGGCGAGACGGGCACCAGCCACGAGCUGCUGCAGCGCCUGCGGGAGCUGGAGGCAGAGAACUCAGCCCUGGCCCAGGCCAAUGAGAACCAGCGGGAGACGUAUGAACGCUGCCUGGACGAGGUUGCCAACCACGUGGUGCAGGCACUGCUCAACCAGAAGGACCUGCGUGAGGAGUGCAUCAAGCUGAAGAAACGCGUCUUCGAGCUGGAGCGGCAGAACCAGGUGCUGAGCGACCUGUUCCAGCAGAAGCUGCAGCUCUCCACUGGCUCCCUCCCCCAGCUGCCGCUGCACCCGGUGCCAGCGCCCCCGGAUGUCCCGGUCACCCCCCAGCCAGGUUCUGCUGAGCAAGAGCCCCCCCCGCUGCUCCCUGGCCUCUGUCUGUCCCUGCCUGAGGUGCUGCCACCAGUGCCAUCGGGCAGCCCUGGGCUCAGCCCCGGUGCCCCGCCCCUGGAUGCCCUGUCCCCAUUCUUCAAAAAGAAAGCCCAAAUCCUGGAGGUGCUGCGCAAGCUGGAGGAGACAGACCCGCUGCUGGGACCCGCCCCGGCCUCCCCCGGCUCCCCCGAGCCCUGCGCAGCCCUGGGUUGGCCCCCUUGCCCGCUGCGGGGGCCGGGGGCUGCAGGGGGCUGGCGGGGCACCGAGGGCAGCCCCUGCUCCUCUCCCGAGGAAGGGGGGCCGCCGCGGGGGGCUCUGCUCAGCGCCUUGGCCGAGCGGCUGCUGCGAGGUGAGGGGGGGGGCUGCUGCCGGCGCAAUGGGGAAGCCCCCGGGGGACCCCCCCGGCAGCGGCGUGGGGAGCACCCCGCUUUCCUGGGACUCUACGCGCCGGGCGAGGAGAGCCCCGAGGGGGGCUUCACCCCGCUCUCACCCGGCGGGGUCCCCAACCCCCUGCCCUCCCCAACAAAGGUGCUCAAACUGCCGCCCCCACCCGGGGGGCUGCGCCUCAGCCCCCAGCUCGCCCACCCCUCCAAGAUCCCCUGUCGCGGCGCCCACCCCGAGGCCUCGCCGGUGCUCAGCCGCCGCCCGUCCCCCGAUGCCGCCCCGGAGCCCGGCUCCACCGAGCCCCCCGCCUUCCCCCACCCCCGCACCUUCGAGGCGGUCGAGCAGCCCCCUGGGCCACCGGGACCCGUGGCCGGCGGGGAGCGGGCGGCCGCUUCCCCCCCCAGCUCUCGCCGCGGCACGGGGGGCUCGGCCCCCUGCCGCCGCCCUGGCAAGAAGCCCCCCGAAGCGGGCUACCUGCCCUUCAAGGAGCGCCUGGCCGCCCUGGGCAAGCUGCGGGGGGCUGAGGGCCGCGAGCCGCCCGGCCCAGGGCGGCCCGAACGGGGCCAUGGGGCCGAGCUACGCCCCCCGCCCCGGGGGGGUUUGGGGGGCAGCCUGAAGCACCCCGAGCCAGCGCACGGCGCGGAGCCCCUGGCCCGGUGCUACUCCUCCGGCUCCAUGGGGGACCCCGGCAAGGCGGGGGGCAAGGGCCGCCCCAGCACCGGCCGGACCCCCUCUCGGACCCCCCCCACGCCCCCUGCCAAGGCCUCCCGCAGCCCUCACGGCAGCCCCACCAAGCUGCCCACCAAGGCGGGCAAAGCCGGGGCGCCGCGGGGCGAGGAGGCAGCGGGCGCCAAGGCGGGCGGGGGUCCCCACAAAACCCCCGCAGACCCCGCGGAGCCCACGGGGCCGACGCCGAGCGCCGCGGGGCACUCGGCCAUCGAGGAGAAGGUGAUGAAGGGCAUCGAGGAGAACGUGCUGCGGCUGCAGGGGCAGGAGCGGGCGCCGGGCGCCGAGGCCAAGGGCAAGGCAGCGGGGCUGGCGAGCUGGUUCGGGCUGCGGCGGAGCAAGCUGCCGGCGCUGAGCCGGCGCGGGGACGGCGGGCGAGGGCGAGAGUGGGCUGGGACCCCCGCGCCCCUUCGCCGAGAGGUCAAGUUGGCCGCCCGCAAGCUGGAAGCCGAGAGUCUCAACAUCUCGAAGCUGAUGGAGAAGGCGGAGGAUCUGCGGAAGGCGCUGCGGGAGGAACACGCGUUCCUGCAGGGACUGGCGCUGGAGAAGGGGCGGCCCCGCGGGCCCCCGCGAGGCCCCGGCCCCCUCCCUGUCAUGUACCAGGAGGUGACGGCCGAGACCUUCAUGCAGCAGCUGCUGGACAGGGUGGACGGCAAGGACGUCCCCUACGAGACCCGCCUGGAGCACAAGCGGGAGCUUUGUGACCUCCGGAGGGUCCCCCCCGACGCCAAAGAACCCCGGCUCUGCCGCCCGCCCCGCAACGGCAUCGUGGGACACCUGCGGGAGCCCUCGGACAAGGUGCCUGACGUGGGGCUCCGGGAUGAGCUGCCGUCCGACGAGAGCUUGUCCGAGUCGGGGACGGCGCAGCACUUCGCCGCCUGCGGGUCUCUGACGCGGACACUGGACAGCGGGAUCGGGACCUUCCCGCCCCCCGACUAUGGGGGGGUGCCCGCCAAGAGCACCCCCAAACCGCGGGGCCGCCCCGAGCCGCUGCCCGGGGCCGUGCCGGCCGCCGUCACCAAAGUGCCGCGCAAGGCCCGGACGCUGGAGCGGGAGGUGCCCAGCGCCGAGGAGCUGCUGGUGCCGGGAAAACACCGGAGCGCUCCGGGCUGCCGCCUCCCGGGCCCCCCCAGCUCGCACGGCCACCGCGCCGCACCCCAAGACACCGGGGAUGACGCCCGGAAGCCGCGGCGCGUCCAGCAGAGCAAGAACUGGACCUUCCCCAACGCCAAAGCCUGCGGUGCUGCUGACCCCUUCGUGUGCCCCCCCGGGGGGCUGGAGGGGCUGCAUCGGCCUGUGCAGACCCCCGUGUGCAGCCCGGCGGGGCAUCGGGGGGCAUCCCCGGAGGCUCCCCCACCGCUGCCCCCCGCCCUGAGCACUAGCAGCAGCCGGACCCCCAGCGCCUCAGACGUGGGGGACGAGGGCAGCACGGAGGCGCGGUCCCGGGACGGGGGGCACGGCCCCGCCGGGCUGGAACACUCCGAGUCCCUCAGCGACUCGCUCUACGACAGCCUCUCCUCCUGCGGCAGCCAGGGCUGAGCCGCCCCCGGCCCUGCUCCCACGUCUUCCACCCCCUCCCCGCUGCUCCCGCUCCUGCUCUGACGGUGCUGCCCGGGCUGGGAGUGUCCGGUGUGUGCCGCUCCCUCUCCCGGCUCUCUCCGAUGGUGCUAUGGCCCUGUACAGCCCCCCCGCCCAUGGGUUUUUAACUCAAUAAAGCCGCCCCCCCAGCCCGGGUUAUUUAUAUACGUGGUGGUGCAGCCGCUGUGUCCCCGUGCCCCGGGGAGGGACGGGGGGAUGUGAGGAUGGAGGGUGAGAUGGACGGACGGACACGGGGGACGAGAGUUUGGAGUCUGAGCGAUUUAUUGAAUCAUCCCGGUGUACAAAGAGCGGAGAUGGCGGGACUGGGAGCGCUGGGAAUGCCGUGUCCCCACGGCCCCCUCCCAGCACACCUUCGUUUCUUGGCACUGGUGCUGAAGGGGAGGCUCCACCAAUGAGUUUGGCUGAGGGGGGGUCCCACCAACAACCCCCCGGGGGCUGGUUUUGGGGCCUCACGGCCUCCCGGGGAAGGGUAACACCCCAGGUGGGGCUGGACAAACCUCCGAGGAAAGAGGACACAUGGGUGACCACUCCAAGGGCCACAGGCCGGGGGAAACCAGGGGGAGCCAAACUCCAGCAGGAUCCACAGAUUGGCUGGUUUUUAAUUAAAAAAAAAAAAAAAAAAAAAAAAAAAAAAAAA